UAUAAACAAUAGACAUAUAGUAACAGUAGUUAAGUGAGUCAAUUAAUUUGUAGCUAAGUUGAAACCAUGUAGGCAAGUAUAAAGCCAAGUGUUAGUUGGUUGUUGUUAGUAAGAAUGUCAUCGAACUUUAUAUUUUGGAUAAUAUUCUCUAUACAACUGUCAUCAUGUUGCGAGUACGUUGUAUUGGAAGGUAGAUCGCUUGCAUUCAGCGCUAACACCGACUCAGAUGGUUUGAUCGUCGUUGAUGAUUUUGUGGCGAGCGAUUCAAACGAAUGUAAAGCCAGAUGUUGCGGUGAUGAUAAAUGCAACACGUUUGUGUUCCACCACGACCCCACCCAUCAACUUACCGACUUUACCAAUUGUUACAUCAUACAAUGUGAUGGUUUGUUGGGCUGUCAAUCAACCAGAGCAAACGACCACUUUCUAUUCGUCGAGCCAAGUGCUUACAUCAUCGCGCCACCAACUGUACCAACAACAACAAUUAACUACACAUUAACCCACCCCACCCCCAGCCAACUGAACCAUCUUAACGUAACCGAAGCGAUCGAAACCAAAGCCACGACAACUCCAGCA